GUUCGUACUGCAGAGGCUUUUUGGAGGUGAAAUUUCCAUUUUCGUUGCAAAAAUGAAUGUUUAUAGUAUGGUUGAUAAUGUACAACAAAAAAUGUGUUACUACCUUUUCAUUUUUAAAAUUCUGAUUGGGAGACAGGUAAGUUCUCUGGAGAAAUGUUGCCAUAACAACAAGCAUCACAUAGCGCCCGUGUUUUAUGGGUGGGGAUGUUUGUUGUUAAGAGAAGACAUAUGUGGUCAAACAAUGGUCUUGUUAUUUAUCACUCACACCAAUUCCCAUAGACGAUGAAUAGUUUUGUGUCAGCCACUAUGUUUGAAGAAUACAUUAAAUAGUUGAUUGAAAACUUCUUGACUCUUCGUCAAUUUCGAAAUAUUGAACAUGAACACGAAUCGCUGGGCAAGACUUUUUGCGUGGCAACGCAUAAACAAAAAUGUUGAAGAGGGGCAGAAUAAAGGACAAGCACUAAAUGAGAAAAAAGAAGAGAGUAAAAAAAUAAACUGGAAGGAAUGGAUAGUUGAUCCAUCUGAAGACUUUUACUACACAUGGUUGCAAAUUAUGAUACUACCUAUCUGCUACAACUGGGUCAUUAUAAUAUGCAGAACAUGUUUCUUCGACAUUGAAAAGAAGUUUUUUGCAGUUUGGCUCACAUUGGACUAUAUCUGCGAUUUGUUUUAUGUGGUUGACACAGUAAUCGGGUUUCGCACUGGCUUUUUGGAGCAAGGCAUCCUGGUGCGAGACUUGUCCCGUUUGAAGACGCGUUACAUGCGCUCCUCGCGCUUUAAGUGGGACAUCGCUUCCAUGUUGCCAACCGAUUUACUCUACCUGCAGCUGGGUGUUAACACACCUAUAGUCCGGAUCAAUCGCUUUCUACGCACAGGACGUAUGAAUGAGGCAUUGGACCGCAUGGAGACGCGCACAUCCCACCCGAACACUUUCCGUGUUGCCAAACUGAUGCUUUAUAUCUUCGUGCUCAUCCAUUGGAACGCAUGCAUUUACUUUUCCCUCUCCAGUUACAUAGGAUUCGGUGCUGAUCCCUGGGUCUAUCCCAACAUCUCGGACCCCGAUUUUGCGUCCACCCGACGCCAGUACUUUUAUAGCUUCUGGUUUUCGACUCUUAUUCUCACCACAGUGGGUGACACUCCGCGACCAGAGUGCGAGGAAGAGUAUCUGUUUCUGAUCGCCGACAUGUUGAUUGCAGUGCUGGUGUUUGCUUCAGUCGUGGGGAGCAUGGGAGACGUGAUAUCAAGCUUGCGCGAUCGUGACAACGUCUUCUUUCCCAAUCACGAGCUGGUGAAGGGUUACCUGCGCAGCAGACGCAUUAGCAAAGAACUGCAGAAACGCGUCAAUGACUGGUAUCAGCAUCUACACCUCAACAAAAAGAUCACCCGGGAGAAUGAGAUUCUUCAACAUCUUCCAAUCACUCUUCAGACGGCAACUGCCGUGAGUGUGCAUUUGCCCACUCUGUCUAAAGUCACCAUCUUUCAAAACUGUGAGAACAGUCUGUUGGAGCAGCUGGUGCUUAAACUCAGGCCACAGGUGUAUAGCCCAGGAGAGUAUGUUUGCAAGAAGGGUGAUGUAGGUCAUGAGAUGUAUAUUAUUAAAGAGGGAAAGCUUGCAGUGGUGGCUGAUGAUGGAGUCACUCAGUUUGCAGUCCUGGGAGAUGGAAACUUCUUUGGAGAAAUAAGCAUCCUGAAUAUCAAAGGUAACAAAUCUGGCAACAGACGAACAGCCAACAUUCGCAGUAUUGGUUACUCCGACCUGUUUAGCCUCUCCAAAGAGGACCUGACCGAAACACUUCAUGAGUUUCCUGCUGCCAAGCACCUACUGGAGGAAAAGGGUCGCCAAAUUCUAACAAAGAUGGGCAUGCUACAAGAGACGGAUGAAGGUGAGGGAGAGGUAGAGAAAACAGAAGACAAAGUAAAGCGCUUAGAUGCCAGCCUAGAGACCCUGCAGACCAAACUGGCUCGACUGAUUGCUGAACUGGAGUCUAGUGCCCGCAAAAUGAUGCAACGGGUGGAACAACUGGAGUUGCAGACGGAAGAAUGGGAAGGCAUUGUGGCGGAGGGGGCACAGGGAGAGAUUGAAAACCAGAAAAAGGUAAAGGAAAGGGAGAUUGGGGAUGGGGAAGGAGAAGGAGAAAAGAAAGAUGAAGAUGAGCCAACAGUGGAAGGAGAGAGAGGAGUGGGUGAUGGAGGAGAGGAGAGCCUUGGAGAAAAAGAUAAGGAUAUAGGAAGGGAACAGAUAAAUGACAGUGAGGAAGAAGACACGGGAAAGGAGGUAAUAAAGACUGAAAUACGGCAGGGUAAGAAAAAGAUGAGAAGUAGGAAUAAAAUAUAUGCAUACGUAAAAUACAACUCUAUGCACCAAAACACAAAUCUGAGGAAAUCUAUUUGAAUACAAAAGGCAGUCUGUACUAUUCUGAGUGCAUUGUUAUGUAAUAAAAGAAAAUGUUUUAUAAUGUGAGAGCUUAGACUUAUUUGUUGCACCUGUAAGAAAAAUAAUAAUUAUUUAUGUAUUACAUAUCAUUAAAUUAAUAAUAAAACAACAAACAUCUGAAAAUCAA